CUUUUUGUUAACUAACUUGCUUUGCUUAAUUUGUUCCCUACACAAAUCUAUCGCUGACUCACCAUUUAUUCACUUCACACACAUAAAUUAUGAACAGAUAAAAAAGUUACAUAUAUUAAUACUAGUAAGGUUAAGUAGAACUAGUGAUAGUGAGUCUUGAAGAUGAAGUUCAUGGAAAAUAUUGAGGAUACCUUUAACCUAAACAAUCAAAAUAGUAACAUUUUUGGUUUAUCUUUCUCUUCACAAAUGAAUAUAGGUGCUCCUUCCACUGCUGCUGCUGAAGCUGUUCCAACAGGCUUUUAUUAUAACCCGACACCUCUUCAUAACUAUGGCUACUAUGGACAUGAAAGUGAACAAGUUGGAUUGUAUUCAGCCUUGCCCAUCAUGCAUGAUGGAUCACAAGCACAUGCAAUGGGAAUUUCUCAUUAUGGAUGCAGUACCAAAGAAGAAAUGCAACUAAGCAUAGAUAGUAUUUUUGACAACCAAACUUCAUACCAUAAGCCAAACAAUUCAAAUAACCUAAAUCAUGUACAAGAGAAUAUGAGCUUGUUGGGGAGUUUGGUAGAGCACCAGAAGCAACAGCUCUCAUGUUACACCGUCUUAAGAAACGACAAUGUGAUCUUAGACGGGCCGAUGAAAUAUCAGCUAGAAGAUAAUGUCCAGCUACCAAAUAUAGUUGAGGACGAAAUUUCUGAUCUAAGGAGAUGGGUAUCAAGGGACUUUCAUGCUGCAAGCCAUGCACAAGACUCGAAGACAUGUGUGCUGUCUGCAAGUUCUAGCUCACAAUCGAGCUGUGUUACAAGUUCACAACAAACAUCACCUAUUGAUUCUGCUUCCAUUGAUACGAUGAAAAGGAAGCAUCAAAUGGUGAACUUGAAAAAGAAUCAGAACCAAACCUUUGGGCAAAGAACAUCUCAGUAUAGAGGUGUAACAAGACAUAGGUGGACAGGUAGAUAUGAAGCUCAUCUAUGGGAUAACAGCUGUAAAAAAGAGGGCCAAGCUAGAAAAGGAAAGCAAGUUUAUCUAGGUGGUUAUGAUAUAGAAGAAAAAGCUGCAAGAGCUUAUGAUAUGGCUGCACUCAAGUAUUGGGGACCCUCCACUCGUAUAAAUUUUCCAUUGGAAAAUUAUCAAAAGGAACUUGAGGAAAUGAAGAAAAUGACUAGACUAGAAUACGUUGCUCAUUUAAGAAGGAAAAGCAGUGGAUUCUCAAGAGGGGCUUCCAUGUAUAGAGGAGUAACAAGCAGACAUCAUCAACAUGGAAGAUGGCAAGCUCGAAUAGGGAGAGUUGCUGGAAAUAAAGAUCUCUAUCUUGGAACUUUCACUACACAAGAGGAAGCAGGUGAAGCCUAUGACAUUGCUGCUAUAAAAUUCAGAGGAGCAAAUGCUGUUACUAAUUUUGAUAUAACAAAAUAUGAUGUGGAAAAAAUUAUUUCAAGCCCUAACCUUCUUAGCAGUAAAGAAGCUAGGAGAAACAAAAAAAUGGAUGAUGUAAUUAACAAUAAUAAACCAGCUUGUGCGUUUGAAGACAUUGAAGAAGCCAUUCCAAUACAAAAAAGAUGCAAAAUCCAACCAUUCUCAAUAAGUAACAUAUAUGAUGAAGAAGUAGAGGAAUCAAAUAGAAUGCAUAUGUCAAAUCCUUCUUCAAUUGUGACAAGUUUGAGCAGUUCAAGAGAAGAAAGCCCUGAAAACAUGACAAGCUUACCAAUGCUCUUUGGAAUGACUUCAACAACAUCAAUAAUGUCUUCAUUUUCUUUGCCUCAGAUGCCACUGUCUGUUUUUGCUGCGUGGACCGAUGCAUAAUCAGUUUUGUUUCGUACGGAUUUGGAUUAGGCGUAGUAACUUCAUCACGCAGUUUUUCCUGAUAUAGACUUAACGAACGAGACAGUUUUAAACUGAUUUUGUUAUAGUGUAAUAUGAACCGUCUGAUCUCCUUAUUUUGCAUGCAUUUUUAGGAAGACAGAAUUUUAAUUUAA